AUGCAAGAGACAACAUCUGAACUUAAUUCAACAUCAGGGUGAGAGAAGAAGCGUUUCCAAGAUUCAGGGUUUUCAAAGACGUUAAGAUAUCAAGAAUCGUAAUAGUCAGAGCUGUUUGUUUGGUUGAGUGAAAGUGCGCGGGAAAUUGUUGAACAGAAAAUUAACGAACCGCGUUCUGUUCUUUAUGUGAGAAGAAAUUUAGUGAUUCGUGAUUUAUUGCCACGGUGAUUGAGCUAAACAAAGCGCCAGUAUUUACGUUAACUGCCCAAAAUAAUAAGCAACCAAGCGACCGGGGUUUGGGUAGUGGAAUUUCAAAUAACCACUGGACCAUUGAGACAAAGUGAGGCCACGAGCCAGAUUCUGCAGUGCAGUGCGUUACCAAGGCGGAGAAGAUGAAUACCGAAGAGUUUCGCGUGCACGGCAAGCGGAUGAUCGACUACAUCUGCGACUACGGGAAGACCAUCGAGUGCAGGGAUGUGGCCCCAACGGUUGAUCCCGGAUUUUUGCGCCACUUGUUACCAGAUGAAGCACCCCAGAAGGGCGAAGACUUCAAGCGGAUGCUCGAGGACGUCGAGAAGAAGAUCAUGCCCAAUAUGGUCCACUGGAACCACCCGCGGUUCUUCGCGUACUUCCCGUCGGGCAACUCGUACCCCUCGAUCCUUGGCGACAUGCUGAGCAGCGCGAUCGGGUCAAUUGGUUUCUCGGGUAAGUCACCGUCAAAUGCGUUCGGCGCUUCGUCGCCGGCUGCCACCGAAUUGGAAGCGAUCGUCAUGGAUUGGUACGCAAAAGCGCUAGACUUACCGGCGUUCUUUCGCAGCGAUACGGUUGGGAGCGUUGGUGGGGGCGUUCUUCAGGGUUCGGCUUCAGAAUGCGCGUUGGUUUGCAUGAUGGCGGCUAGAGCACGGGCCAUCAAAGAGCUCAAAGGAAAUAAUGUGGAUGUUCACGACAGUGUCUACCUGCCGCAACUGGUGGCUUAUGCUUCGAAAGAGGCGCAUUCUUCGGUUGAGAAGGCUGCUAAAAUGGCGAUCGUAAAGCUGCGGGUUCUAGAAACUGAUAAUCGAGGUGUAUUCCGAGGUAAUACGUUGCAGGAAGCGAUUCAGCGUGAUUUAGAAUGCGGAUUGACCCCGUUCUUUGUGGUAGCGACUGUCGGAACAACUUCCGCUUGCGUGUUCGAUAACAUUGUCGAAAUAGGAGAGGUAUGCAAGCAGGUUCCCAGCAUUUGGUUUCAUGUAGACGGAGCGUAUGCGGGGAACUCAUUCAUUCUGCCAGAAAUGCGACACUUCAAGAAGGGUUUGGAGUACGCAGAUUCGUUCAACACAAAUCCCAAUAAACUACUGUUAACAAACUUUGACUGUUCAGCCAUGUGGGUUAAAGAAGUCAAACUGCUCACAUCGGCCCUCGCCGUAGACCCACUGUAUUUACAACACGAUCAUAGCAGUGCAGUCGAUUAUCGACAUUACGGCAUUCCACUGAGUCGUCGUUUCCGAGCGCUGAAAUUGUGGUUCGUUUUCCGGUCGUAUGGUAUAGUUGGACUUCAAAAAUACAUUCGGAACCACAUAGCGUUGGCCAAGCGUUUCGAGUCAUUGGUGCUACUGGAUGAACGAUUUGAAGUGCGUAAUGAUGUAAACCUUGGAUUGGUUUGUUUCAGACUUAUAAGCCAUGACCGAAUCAAUCGUGAUUUGUUGGCACGAAUCAAUCAUUCCGGCAAGUUCCAUAUGACACCCGCUAUGGUCAGAGGCAAAUACAUUAUUCGGUUUUGUGUUACAUACGAGCAUGCAACCGCAGAACAUAUAGAUUACGCAUGGGAUGAGAUUCGAAACUUCGCCGAGGAAACUCUGGCAGCUGAGUGCCCGGUCCCAACGAUCCAGCAAAUUUCCGUCACUCCUGCCAUCAAUAUCAAGAAACCACCGAAGAAGCUCACCCGCAGCAUGUCCACUCGAUUCUCGUUCACCCGCAGUGUGUCUCGCGAGAUGUACGAGCGACAAAACAGUCGAUCCCAGCUCACGGAUGGAGCCACGCCGAUCGUCAUUAUCGAUACGGACGAGAUCCUAGAGAGCCUUCAGCGGGCUACGGCGGCGUCGGCCGCGGCGGCUCAAUCGGACCACCGCGACCGAAUACAGAAACAGUCGGAACUGUACGAAUCGGACAGUACGGAUGAGGCUAGCAAUUGACUAGGAUCGUCGGCGGCGGAAGUGGAAGACUCUCAGCAUUUGGUCUUUAAGCCGAAGAUGCAGAUUGGGAACGCCGACAGCUGCGAUAAAGAAGACGACGACGAAGAUGAUGACAAUAAUGACGACGUCGAUGGUGACGACGGUAGCAGCACCGACGUCGAAGAUUCUUCAACGGCAGCAACGGAUUUCUUCCGCGGAAGCCUCCAAAGACAAUCCAAAUCAAAAAGCUGCUCUAGUAUUAGACAAAUGUGAUGACGAUGGAUGCUAUUUAUGUGUAUGGCUGUAUGUGCCAAACAACAAGUAUUAUUAUUCUCUAGGAAGCACUGCUAAAUUAUUCUAGGUUUAGACAUCAGUAGCGUUAGAGACGCAACGAGAAGUAUUAAACAGUAAUUAUUGCUGAUAACCAUGACCUUAAGAAAACAGGCAUAAAUGUAGUAUUAAAUAACGUUGAAAAUAUAUCUCAAUACCAUGUACGAAGUGCGACAAUUUCAUGAAUAAAUGUACAUAAAUGUUAG